UUUCAUCAUAUUUCAUUCACCCUUUGCCCCAAAAAUAAAACAUCAAUCCUAGCUAUUAAUUACCACAUACAUAUUACUUGUAAUUAAAUUAAUCUGUUUUAUUUGUUGUAUAAUGAAGUACACACAAUUUGAGCGAGUUCUUGGUUACUUCGAUGAAGAUGGCGACGGUAAGAUUUCAGCUUCUGAGCUAAGGAGCCAGCUCGGGAAGAUGAGUGGCGAGAUUCUGUUGGAGGAGGAGGUGGAGAUGGCGAUCGCGGCGUUGGAUUCGGAUGGCGAUGGGUUGCUGAGUUUGGAGGAUAUGAUGAAUCUCAUGGAAGGAGGGGAGGAAGACGAGAAGUUGAAGGAUUUGAAGGAAGCUUUUGAGAUGUAUGACACGGAUCGAUGUGGGUUCAUUACUCCUAAAGGGUUGAGGAGAAUGCUGAAAAAGUUGGGAGAAUCUAUGUCCGUUGAGGAAUGCCAAGUUAUGAUUAGUCGCUUUGAUUUGAAUGGUGAUGGGAUGCUUAGCUUUGAAGAAUUCAGAAUUAUGAUGCAGUGACGGUGUUUGUGAAUUUGCCUGUGCUGUGAAUUAGUGUAUUAUUCAUUUUUUAAUUGUACACUUCUACGUAUUCUUUAAUUCUUUUAAGGUUUUUUUUUUA